AUGAACUCUAGUGGUGUGAUGUCUACUACAUCGUCGUCUCUGGCUCACGCAGAGGAAAACGGUACAGAGAUAUUUUCAGGAGCGGCGUCUCAAACAGUCCCAACAUCGAUUUCCAAAUUCCACCAUCAUGUGCGUUCGAUUCAUCAUCCAACAUUUGAAUCACUAUCCAUUCAAACAUCAAAUCUGGGCGAGUCUGUGCUAUUGGAUGAACCAUACGAGGAAGGUUCUGGACUUGAAAGGAUUGAUACAGAUACAUCUGAAUUUUCAGAGAGAACCAAUUUCAGGUUUUUCACCACUGAUGAGAUCGAAUCUGCCAAAGGUGUUUCCAGUUUGAGAAGACCCACUACUAGUAAUCGACCAGAUUCCGUUCCUGUUGAUUACGAUACCAAUUGGAAUACUUUCGAGGACGACUACGACGACAGUGAGGCUGUGUUGUCAGAAGAAGAGGCCAGCAGGCUUUCUAGUCCCAAAAUAGAUAAUAUAACUGGAUCAGCUGACUAUGGAUCUACUGGAAGUAAAGAUGGUGACGAAGAUGCUAAUAAUUAUAUUCACAAUUAUCGUGAGAGAAGAUUGACUUAUGGUGCUGAAGAAGAGUUGGUCAGAGAACAGGAGAACGAGGAUCAGGCUGUGGGCAACUAUCAGAAAUCGGACAUUGGUUUCCACGAUCAAUUGUAUCUUCCUAAAUUUCCUGCCAAAAAUCACAGCCAAAGGUUUUACUUAGCAGAAGAAGACCUUGUUGUGGGAAUAGCGGGCUAUCGAAUCUCUAAGCUAAGAAAGCUACUUUAUCAGAUCUUUGUUGUAAUCACUUGUGGACUAGGAUAUCUUUUUCUUCGUUGGUUGCCCAGAUAUAGAAUUAAACUUCUUGCGCAACCAUCCUCUUUGGGUAAAGCUGAGCAUGUGGUUAUUGAAGAUGAAUUUGGUCUACUUGAUAUUGUCCCAGUUGACAGAAUCUGGUACAACAAGCGAUUGUCAACCUUUUUGUCGCUUGAUAUAGUUAAAGAGGAUGAUGAUAGUAAGUUUAGCAGCGGAGACACCCCUUACAGCUUGGAGGAUAUCGAUCCUAUAAUACCAGUCUUGAUCUGCUUUGAGUAUAGAUAUAUGAAGUUUUUCUACGAUCCACGUGAUGACUUGUUCAAACUUUCUAACAAUUGGGUUGAUGAACGCUGGUGCCAUUACCCUGAUAUUAAAGACGGCAUAUCCGAGGAUACCCAUAGAACUCGCCGGAGUGUCUUUGGAUCUAACAUGAUAAGGAUUAAAGACAAAUCUGUUUUUGCGCUUUUGAGGGACGAGAUAUUACAUCCUUUCUAUGCAUUUCAAAUCUUCUCCAUUAUUCUUUGGUUGUCUGAUAGCUACUACUAUUAUGCCUUUUGCAUCUUUAUUAUUUCAGUUUUCUCCAUUUCCGAGUCUUUAAUUGAGACUCGUUCCAAUAUGGAAAGAAUGAGAAAGCUUGCCAUUUUUGAAUGCACCGUGAGAGUGUGGAGAAAUGGCUUUUGGAAAGAAGUUUCCUCUGAAGAUCUGGUUCCUGGAGAUGUUUACGAGGUUUCCGAUCCUUCACUAGGACUGUUUCCCUGCGAUUCCCUUCUUUUGGGAGGUGACUGUAUUGUGAACGAGUCGAUGCUCACUGGAGAAUCCGUCCCCGUAUCGAAGGUUUCAAUUUCUGCAGAUCUUGUUUCUUUGAUUAAAGCGGAAUUUACCAGUGCCAAGUUUUCCGCUCAUUUUGCCAGAUCAUUUUUAUACAAUGGUACCAAAAUUAUUAGAUGCCGCUAUGGAAACAACGGAGACGAACCUGCUCUGGCCAUAGCUAUUAGAACUGGAUUCAAUACUACUAAAGGUGCAUUAGUUAGAUCCAUGCUUUUCCCCAAACCGAGCGGAUUCAAAUUUUAUGACGAUUCAUUCAAAUACAUUGGUGUGAUGGGUCUUGUAGCUGGUGUUGGAUUUAUUUUUUCCAUAGCCAACUUCAUUAAUUUGGGUGUUGAUACCAAAACGAUUAUAUUGAGAGCCCUCGACAUUGUGACGAUUGUGGUUCCUCCGGCAUUGCCUGCUACUUUGACUAUUGGUAUCAGCUUUGCUUUAUCUCGACUAAGAAAGAAGAGUAUUUUUUGUAUUGCACCUACAAGACUCAAUAUGGGUGGAAAGUUGGAUGUGGCAUGCUUUGACAAGACGGGGACUUUGACCGAGGAAGGAUUGGACGUUAUGGGAAUUCAUAUUUCGAAGCCCAUUAGGGAUAGGAGGGAGCACGAGUUCACCGAUUUGUUUGAGACUGCGGAUUCUAUGCUGCACUCAGGUGCUGUAGAUGGUGGAAAUCCAUUUCAGUGGUUAUUCAAUACUAUGCUCUCUUGUCAUUCAUUGAAACUAAUUGAUGGAGAACUUGCCGGUGAUCCUUUGGAUGAAAUGAUGUUUGAAUUCACUCAUUGGAAACUUGUUGAAGAGCCCUCGGAUGAUCAGGAUCUCAAACAAUUUGUUCGAUCACACAUAUUUUCUGGAAACGUGAGUUCGGUUAUAUUCAAGCCAAUAUCCUCUGAAACAUACACACGCAGUAUUAUUCAGCUUAAAGAGUUUGAGUUUAUUCCACAGUUGAGAAGAAUGUCUGUGGUAUGUCAGUCUUUAGACUCACCUUCAAAACUUGACGUUUACGUCAAGGGAGCACCGGAAGUAAUGGAAAGCAUAUGUUUAGCGGAGAGUAUUCCUGCUAAUUUUCAAGAAUUAUUGUAUCAUUAUACGCACUCUGGAUACAGGGUCAUUGCUUGCGCCACAAAAACACUGAAGAACCGUAACGAAAACGAGCCCAAUGAUUUGACCUUCUUAGCAGACUUGUCACGGGAUACGUGCGAAAGUGAUCUUACCUUUAUUGGAUUCAUCAUCUUUGAGAACCGAUUGAAGAAUGGGACAAAGAAAGCUUUGAAGGAAUUAAGAGAUGCGGAUUUGAGGACCAUUAUGUGUACUGGUGAUAAUAUCCUAACUGCAGUGUGUGUUGCCAAAGAGUGUGAACUCGUUGAUCCCAGUGGGAAAGUGUAUAUAGCAUCAUUCAACUACGACAAUCAUCGGGACAUAGAUGCUGGAGCGGAAAUUCCUUCUAUCACGUGGUCCGAGGCUGAAGAUCCAGAAUCACAACUUGAUCCAGUGACAUUGGUACCGUUGGACAUCAAUCAAGAUGACAAUUAUUGCGUUGCCGUGACUGGAGAUGUAUUCAAGUACAUUUUAACAGAACUCUCAGGCAUGGAAUACUUUAUCGAGAAGAUACUCAUGAAGGGUGCGAUCUUUGCACGUAUGUCACCAGAUGAAAAGCAAGAAUUGGUGGACAGAUUGAGAGGCCUUGAUUAUACUGUUGGUUUUUGUGGUGAUGGUGCCAACGAUUGUGGCGCUUUGAAAGCUGCAGAUGUUGGCAUCUCUCUUAGUGAGGCUGAAGCUUCAGUGGCGGCUCCUUUUACAUCACAUAUAUUUGAUAUUUCGUGUGUUUUGAGCGUCAUUAAAGAGGGAAGAGCGGCAUUGGUGACAAGUUUCUCCUGCUUCCAGUAUAUGUCACUGUAUUCAGCUAUUCAGUUUAUCAGUGUAUCAAUUCUUUACAAAGAGGGUGUUAAUUUGGGUGAUUUCCAGUUCUUAUACAUCGAUCUUUUCCUCAUCAUCCCAAUUGCCGUUUUCAUGUCUUGGUCCGAGGCUUACCCUGUUCUUUGUAAGAAAAAACCAACGGCUAAUCUUAUUUCUCCGAAGAUUCUCAUACCUCUUAUGGGAAGUAUUGCCGUUGAGGCAGUGUUUCAGAUAGGUGCAUGGAAGCUAGGUAAACAGCCUGACAAACCCUGGUACGUGAAAGCUAUUCCAGGAAACGACGAAGAAGUUAAAUGCACAGAUAAUACUGUAGUGUUUUUCUUCUCCAACUUCCAGUAUAUAUUUGCUGCUCUGAUGUUAACCGUAGGACCCCCAUACAGAGAGCCUGCCAUUAAGAACGGGCCGUUUAUUAUCACUAUUGUCACCGCAGUGCUGUUCUCGAUAGUGUUAAUGCUGUUGAAUCCCAAAUCUUCGUUUGGAAAUUUGAUGGAUUUAACAUGGCUACCUAGAGCUGUCGUAAGCCGACUUCUAUUGGGAGCAUUAAUCAAUUAUGUGGUUUUAGAGAUUGGUGAUAAGUACAUAUUUACGAGAUUGACCAGACUAUGCAAGCGGCUGUUUGGCCACAAGGGUUCCAAAAAACGGUUCAAGAAUCUAAGGAGAGAGUUCAAAAACUUAAAUGAAGCCUGA